AUGGAGGACCAUCUAGAAAGUUCUGCCGAUUCCUCCUCUACUCAUACAGAUAAUUCCUCAAACACCUCCCGUACCACAGACAAUUUCUCAAACACCCCUCGUGCUGUCAAUAUGGCUCGCUACUUGAACUUGAGUGACCCCGGUAACCCUUUUCGACUAGACAACGACAACAACCCCGUUGUGGUUCUAGUUACUGAUUUACUCACCACCGAUAACUACGCCACAUGGUCGCAUGCUAUGCAACGAGCACUCCAGGCUAAGAACAAAUUGGGUUUCAUCACGGGUAUAAUCCCGCAACCAUCUGACCCAACAGAUCCUCUCCUUGAGCUGUGGGAGCGUUGCAACGACAUGAUCGUGUCAUGGAUCCAAAAUUCGAUAAAUCCCUCUAUCAUGUCCAGCGUUGUAUUCGUUGACGAUGCGCGCGAAAUCUAG